GUCUUAUCCAUAAAUUUCACUCUUUUCCUAUCAUGCUUUUCGUGAUCAUCGAUGUUAUUUUGAGAGAGAAAAAUUGGUUCUUUCAGAUCUAACUCUGUACAAAUUGUUACUCCACAACAUCUUCUUCCCCCUUUUUGUUUACAAUCAUCAAUAAGCUGAUAACCCUUUGCUUUGUUUCAUUCAUAUUAUUCAUACAACUACACUUUCUAGGUUGGUUGGUUGGGAUUUCCUAGUUUUUAAGGUUUUGAUUUUUUUGGGGGAAAAUAACAGUAACGAUGAAUCUGGGAAUGCUUCAUUAUGUGUUGGAUCAUGUUUAUGGAGCAUUCAUGCACCGAACCAAGAUAAGCACUCCAUUCUUCUCCAGAGGAUGGGGUGGCACGAAACUUGAGAUGCUUGAGAAGAUGAUUAAGCAAUUGUUCCCAGAUGUGGUUGGACAAAAUUGGCCUCCAACUUUGGUGCAACCCGUUUGGAGAACAAUUUGGGAGACCAAGACGGCUUGUUUGAGAGAAGGGGUAUUCAGAACCCCUUGUGAGGAACAUCUUCUGGGUGCAUUGCCUCCUGAGAGCCACAUGGCAAGGGUUGCAUUCCUCAUGCCCAAGUCUGUGCCCCCACACAAAAUGGCUUGUGUGGUUCAUCUUGCAGGAACUGGGGACCAUGCAUUUGAAAGAAGAUUGCGUCUUGGUGGUCCAUUGGUGAAGGAAAACAUUGCUACCAUGGUACUUGAAAGUCCAUUCUAUGGACAAAGACGUCCUAUGCUGCAACGUGGUUCAAAACUUUUGUGUGUCAGUGACUUGCUUUUAUUAGGAAGAGCAACCAUCGAAGAGGCACGCGGUCUCUUACACUGGUUGGAUUCUGAGGCAGGUUUUGGCAAGAUGGGUGUUUGUGGACUUAGUAUGGGAGGAGUACAUGCUGCAAUGGUUGGCUCACUUCACCCUACACCUGUUGCAACACUCCCUUUUCUCUCACCACAUUCUGCCGUUGUGGCAUUCUGUGAGGGGAUUUUAAAGCACGGCACUGCCUGGGAGGCACUGAGAGAGGAUCUUGCAACAGAGAAUGUUGCAAUGACUCUCGAGGAGGUGAGGGAACGGAUGCGAAAUGUGCUGUCUCUCACAGAUGUCACACGCUUUCCAAUUCCCCAAAACCCCAAUGCUGUAAUCUUUGUUGCUGCCACUGAUGAUGGAUACAUCCCAAAACACUCGGUCCUGGAACUUCAGAAAGCUUGGCCGGGUUCUGAGGUGAGAUGGGUCACAGGUGGGCAUGUCUCAUCCUUCCUUCUCCACAAUGGCGAAUUUCGAAGGGCCAUUGUGGAUGGUCUGGAUAGAAUACCAUGGAAAGAGUCUCCAUUGUGAUGGAGUAAUUGUACAUGAAGAAGGGAUUGCUUUUAUACUGUUGAUUGAUUCAGUGGUCCCUUCCACCUCUAAUACUCACCUGAACAUGUAACAUGCAUAGUUGAUCCCAGAACUCCAUCCCCAAAUGAAGAGGGAUGGGGUUGUAAAUUAUCAUCAAGAAAAUGUACAUUAAAG